AUGGAGGGAGAAUCGGCGUGGCGCAUCCCUCUGGGCACCGACCAGCACCCCGAGUAUGCGGUCGCCAAGGCCGAGGAUGGGGAAUCCUUGCUCGUGGCAGUCUGGCAGGACGAUUUCAAAUGGAAGGUGCCUGGUACCACCGCAGACGAUCCUGAUGUGCCUGGCAACUCGAUCAUGAGAAACGACAAUAUCUUCUUCAGGGUGGCCCACACCACGAAGAAGACAGAGAUCCUCGGCCGCUACGUCAAGAAGGGCGGGAAGCAGUGGAUGCAGAUCUGGCACGAGGGUGCACAGGUGAUCCAGUUGGUAGGCUACCACAACGAUCAGAAGGCCAAGGAGUGGAUCAUCAGCUCCUGCAAGCUCUACGCCAACAACACGAGCAAGGAGGACUUGGAUGACCUCAAGCGCAAGUGGCUCGACGACGGCAACAAGGCAGAGAGGCAGGCGGCGAAGCGUCCAGCGGCUGCAUGCAUGAAGAGGCCUGCGGCGGCACCAGAGGACGAGGAGGACGAGGAUGACCAGAACGGCAAGAAGGCCAAGCUUGCCGAUUCCGAGGACGCUGAGCAAUCCAGCAUGGGCGACGACGGGGAGGAGCCCGCGGAGUCCGACGUGCCCGAACAGCCUGAGGCAGAUGAGUCGCCGCCACGUUUGAAGCGAGGCAAGCUGGCUAUGAUGCCCAAGCCUGCUGCAGCGAUCGCCUCGCCACCGCACAGAGAGACGGCAGCGAGCGAUUCGCCCUCACCUCGAGGGGCGGCCAAGCCAUCGCAUGAUGUUGGCUCGGCACAGCAAGCCACGCCGCCAGCGGCAGAAACGCUUCAGUCGCCCGUCAAGGGCUCGCCAGGCUCGGGCACGCGCAAGGUGCCGCCGAUGUCGCCAAUCUCCGAUUGUUUUUAG